AUGUCGAAGUCUGGCAUUGUGAAGAACUGGGUCGAAGACAAGGGCUUUGGCUUCAUAGGCACCGCAUGGCACCGCACUGAUAUCACAGUCUCUGCAAGCAUCUUGUCAGGAUGGCGAUUUGCACUUCCCUGUGCAGGACCCGAUGAUGGCAGCGAGGAUUUGUUCUGCCACGCCUCCUGUCUGCAGGGUUGCAAAGGCCUGGGCAAGGGAGACAAAGUCCGCUUCGAUGCGGAGUACGACGAUCGCAAAGGCAAGAUGCGCGCUGUGAACGUGUCCGUGGACGGCGGCGGGGGUGGUGGGGGCGGAGGGCGCGGCUAUGACCGGGAUGAUCGCCGUGACGACAUCAGCAACGGCGGCAAUAAGCACCUCACAGCUCGCGAGCUCUUCAUGAGGCCGCUUGCACGAGCGCGAGAAGCCAGGAAGGCGACGGCCCAGCUCGUCGAGGUACCUCCUUACGGCCUUGGCAUCUCACUUGCUGGCUCCGUCCCGCGACACCGCUGCAGGCUGGAAGCUAACGAGUUUACCUCGCACCUGGCUGUGAUCGUGGAAGAGUCCAAAGGAGACAUGUCGAAGUCUGGCGUUGUGAAGAACUGGAUGGACGACAAGGGCUUUGGCUUCAUAGGACCCGAUGAUGGCAGUGAGGACUUGUUUUGCCACUCCUCCUGUUUGCAAGGAUGCAAGGGUCUGGGCAAGGGAGACAAAGUCCGCUUCGAUGCGGAGUACGACGAUCGCAAAGGCAAGAUGCGAGCUGUGAACGUGUCCGUGGAGGGCGGCGGGGGUGGUGGAGGCGGAGGGCGCGGCUAUGAUCGGGAUGAUCGCCGUGGGGGCUAUGACCGAAGGGAUGACCGUCGAGAUGACCGCCGGGACGACCGCCGGGACUAUGAUCGUCGUGAUGACCGUCGCGACUACGAUCGCCGAGAUGACCGCCGGGAUGACCGCCGAGAUGAUCGCCGAGACGACAGGGGCAAGGGGAAAGGAGGCAAAGGAGGUGAUCGCUUCGGGGGGGACACCCGAGGUGACGACAUCAGCAAUGGCGGCAACAAGCACCUGACAGCUCGCGAGCUCUACAUGAGGCCGCUUGCACGAGCGCGAGAACCCGCGAAGGCGACGGCCCAGCUCGUCGAGGUCUGGCUCACGGAGCCCGCCGCCAAGGCCUUUUAA